AGCUUGUAGAGUCUACGACUUUGACAUAACCUAUCUCGAGGCCAAUUGGCCCUUUUUCUUCUAUUUCUUGCAACCGUCACCGGACCUAUUCAACCUGCAGUCAUCAUGCGUUUCCUUUCGUCACUCCUUUCGCUCGCACUCCUCGCGACGAGUGCUGUCGCAGCUAAGAAGUCGACCACCGAGCGAUUCGACGAGUUCCACGCCAAGCAGACCUCAAACCCGAUCAAGCUUCGAGACUCUUCAUACAAGUCCCUGACUGCUACACCUCGCGACUACAGUGUUGCUGUUCUCCUGACGGCUGCCGAUGCACGAUUUGCUUGCCAACUCUGCCGCGAGUUUCAACCCGAGUGGGAUCUGGUUGGCAGGAGCUGGGCCAAGGGCGACAAGGCCGGAGAGUCACGACUGGUUUUCGGCACGCUGGAUUUCACCGAUGGCAGAGAAGUCUUCAUGCAGCUUGGCCUCCAAACCGCCCCUGUCCUCCUGCUCUUUCAGCCUACCCAGGGCCCUCAUGCCGUCGCAAAGCAGGACCCUUUGCGAUACGACUUCACCACCGGACCCGCGACUGCCGAGCAAGUCCAGGUUUGGCUCGCCCGUCAUCUCCCAGGCCGACCUCAUCCUCCCGUGAAGCGACCCAUUAACUGGAUGCGAUGGAUUUCCGGCAUCACUAUUGUUCUCGGAGGUGCAACUGCACUCUACGUUGCCUACCCUUACGUGAUGCCCAUCCUCCAGAGCCGAAACCUCUGGGCUUCCAUCAGCCUCAUCUCGAUCCUGCUCUUCACCAGCGGACACAUGUUCAACCACAUCCGCAAGGUUCCUUACGUCGCUGGCGACGGACGAGGUGGAAUUAGCUACGUUGCGCCCGGUUUCCAGCAGCAGUUUGGCCUGGAGACCCAGAUUGUGGCCGCGUUGUACGGUGUCUUGUCGUUCUGCGCUAUCUCCCUGGCGAUCAAGGUCCCCCGCAUCGCUGAUGCCAAGACUCAACAGGUCGCUGUCAUCGCUUGGGGUGGUGUCCUGUUCCUCGUCUACAGCUUCCUUCUCAGCGUGUUCCGCGUCAAGAAUGGAGGUUACCCCUUUUCCCUGCCGCCUUUCAUGUAAAGGGGUGAUUAGAGAUAAACGAGAGCCUAUCUACCCGUCACUCGGGUUGGGCUGGGGUGUUGAUGUAGAUGACCUGCGAUGAGCAAGGUCGACACUUGAUCAGAAAGUGCUGACUCUGCUCGAUCCCUCAUGCAGUGUGGUAAGGGGGGGAUGAGUAAAUCAAAAGAUGCAUGGUGUACAAUAUUGCCAGUUAGGCGUUUCCCUUAGACGGUUCAAAUGUAGCAUGACAAUAAGGAUAUUUUUUGGUA